CUAGGUGUCUGGUUCAGGGAUAGCUCGCUCACCCGCGCCCCCAUGACUGAGUCUCCCUCAGGUGGGUAAGGCGAGGAGGCCGCUGCCACUCUCAUGGACAGUGAGGCCAUUCCUGCUUGGAAAUGCCUAUCUCCAGCUGGCUGGGACCUGCCCCCGCUGCCCAAGGCCAGAGGUGCCUGUGAGGAAGACAGCCCAUCCGUGUCCUCCACACCAGGCCACCAGAGAAUGGGGAUGUCAGGGCUCCCAGCUCCUUGUAUCGUUAUAUGCUGAGCCAUAAACAGCUCUCCAGGCCCCAAAUUAAAAGGUCUUUUAUUGGGAGAACAGACCCAAACAAAUGCCGGCCUCCAACUGAAAUGCACAGACAAAGCAGUGCCCAGGGCUGCGGUCCACAUAGUCGGGAAUGUGAGCCAAGCCCAUUGAUGUAAGCACGUGAAGAAGGAGGAAAGGUCCCCAACCAGAUCAGCAUAUCCAGUCUCCAGGUCCAAGGUCCUGGACCCCCAGGAAGAAGGGCAGACACCCCACCUCCCAGUCAAGAACUCCAGCAAAAGGCUGAUGCCAGAGAGAAGGAAAUCUUAGACAUGCCAGGGACUGUGUCCCCUAUCUGGGCCUGUCCCUCAUCUGGGACCCAACAUGAGCUGGCAUCUGGUCUUUUUGUCUGUUCCCUGCCAAGGCGACCUGGUUCUUAGCUCCAUGCCCAGUGACCUGAUGAUGGCAGGUAUCACCAAAGCCCAGAGGGAUGUCCCAUCCCCACGGACUCAGUGUCAAAUGGCAGCCGUGCCACAGUCUUGUGAAGCCGAUUGUGUCUGUACAUUUGUGUGUCUGCAUCACGGAGCCCAGACGGUCCCGUGUCCCACUCGGCGGCCACGGGAGCCACCCAGCAGCAGAAAGAGUGUGGGACAUGAGACUCGUUACAGCCCAGAGUGAACUGAGGCUCAGACCAAGGGACCCCCAAGAAGGACAGAACAUAAGAAGAUAAAAGCUAUGGGAGUGACUGUCACCCCACCCCAUCACAUUGGCCACAGCAGGUCACAAGCCAAGCCUGUCUCCAGGAUGGUAAAGGAAGCUGCCACUGUCAUUGAGAGCAGGGCAGCGGGAUAAGAAAGGGGCAGGUGGCACAGGCUCAUUCUUAGGUGUUCUAACGCUGCCCCCCUGAUCUAGACUACUACGCCGCUGUCAGGGAAGGUGAACUGUUAACAGACAGCCGGGCAAAAACAAAGGACACUAAUCCACUACCUCAUAGGGCAGACACUGCUAUCUACCUCUGGGUCAGGAAACUGAAACAAGGAGGCUGGAGAGACGCUGCAGAGGCUAAGAGCGCAUGCUUCUCUUCCUGAGGAUGCAAGUUCGUUUCCCAGCAUGCACAACCACUCAUAACUGGUCUUUGCGGGCACACGCACUCAAGUCUGCUUACCUACACAAGAUACAUAAUUAAUUAUAUAAAGGAAAGCAAAUCUUUUUUUUGAAAUAUCUUUUUUUAUUUUUUUUAAUCUUUUUUUUAAAGAUUUAUUUAUUAUUAUACAGUGUUCUGCCUGCACGCCAGAAGAGGGCGCCAGAUCUCAUUACAGAUGGUUGGGAGCCACCAUGUGGUUGCUGGGAAUUGAACUCAGGACCUCUGGAAGAAUAGCCAGUGCUCUUAACCGCUGAGUCAUCUCUCCAGCCCAGGAAAACAAAUCUUAAGAAAAACAGAAGAAAUGAAUUCUAAAUACUAAGGACAGAAGAAUUAAUGAAACAAAACAGAACAAAAACCUCCUCAGAAGUUUGGGCUGCGGGUCAGCUGUAGAACGCUCGCUCACCUGGUGUGUACAGAGAGAGCCCUGGGACAUUGCCAGCAUAGGAAAAGGGGGAAAGACGUGGGCCUGGAGAGACAGCUUAGAGGUUAAGAGCACUGUCUGUUCUUGUAGAGGACCAGGGUUCAGUUCCCAGCACCCACAUCAGGCAGCUCACAACACCUGUAACUCUAGUUCCAGGGGAUCUGUUUCCCUCUUCUGGAUUCCACAGGCACCUGCACUUACGCGCGCGUGCACGCGCGCGCGUACACACACACACACACAGAGAGAGAGAGAGAGAGAGAGAGAGAGAUGCACAUGCACAUGCAUAUGUACAAUUUUUUUAAUUAAAAUAAUUAACAGUCUCUGUAACCCCUCACCUCCACGAGUCUCCAUUCUUACAACUUGGCGUGCUCUUUGUCCCGAGCCUCAGCUUGCUUCACUAAUCAAAACCUCAUGACGCCAACGUUGUCGGGAUCCAUUCCACCCAUUGAUCUGGGCCCUCUUCAGCUGCCGUGGGAUUGGUUCCUAAGGACAAUCCCGGGAGCUCUGUGACUUCACACGAGGGAUGCCCUUACCAGAGAAGGGCUCAGAAGGAUCCCUGAGUCUCCACCCGCCUCAGACCUGGAGAGAGCAAGAAACAGAGCAGAGAGGAUACAGAGACCUUGGCUCCAGAUGCUUGAUUUAGCCUCACCUUGGGGCUGGCCGCCUCGGAUCACUCUACAAUCCUGAGGGCCAUGCAUCCUGCUGUUCCCUCUACAUCCUGCUGUUCCUUCUACCUGGAUUUCUGUUCAAGUGCCACCUCCUCCGAGAGGCCCUCCCUGAUUGACGGGCACAACCGCCUCUGAUUAUUCCCGCUGGUGGUACCUUUUUUGAGCCCCGGCCCGUUCUGCCUGGCCAUGGGGGACACGCGGGAGCAGAGCCGCGACGGCUUGCUGGACAGCCCCGACUCGGGACUGCCCCCUAGUCCCAGUCCUAGCCCGCCCUUCUAUGCCCUGUCGCCGGGCACCCUGGACGCCCGUGCCACCACCGAGCCCCCAGGACCCAGUGAGGCACCAGCGGCCACUUCCCUCUUCCAAAGUCCCCCGGCCCUGGAGAUGAGGCCCCGUCUGCUGCCUGUGUUCUUUGGGGAGAGCAUCAAGGUGGACCCAGAACCUCCACAUGAAAUCCGCUGCAACUCGGAGGUCACCUACGCCUCGGAGAGGUACUUCCGCGACAAGAUCUUCUACGUUCCGGUGCCCACGGUCACAGCCUACAGUGAGACCAUCGUGGCGGCCCCCAACUGCACGUGGCGCAGCUACCGCAGCCAGCUGACCCUGGAGCCCCGGCCGCGCGCCCUGCGCUUCGGGAGCACCGCCAUCAUCUUCCCCAAGCUGGCCCGCAGCUCCUUCCGCACCACGCUGCACUGCAGCCUGGGCCAGCCCCGCCGCUGGUUCUCCUCCAGCCUGCAGCUGCAACGGUGCGGAGACCCCGCGCCCAGUUCCCACAGCCCCGGCGUACUCUGAGGAGCCCCGGCUGGGUGGCAGAGGGAGCGGAGUCUGGGAGAGGUCCCCGGGAGAUGGACAGGGGCUCGGCCUAGAACCUGGGCCCCAGGAGGAGACACAGAGCCCCGUGGCCGGGCCAAAUGAGCAUGCGGCUGCUCCUGGCAGCCUGUCCCCACCACAGGCUGGGCCUGAGCUCCAGCCUAGAGGAUUCGGUGAAUGCAUCUUUCAUUAUCUUGUAUAGCUGCCAGGCUGUAUGGGCAGGGCCAAUAAGAGCAGGGCCAAGCAUGUCCUGGUGUGCCCUUGAGGCAGAGACAGCCCUGUGUAGAGGACCCAGCCUCAGUCGUGGCCUGGCUCCUAACCUUGUUCUCAGAGAGGGUCGUUUCCAAAACAGGCCCUUCAAACAUGCUGGUCCCAGCUGAGAACCCCAAGUGCGGAGGGCUGAACUAGCUUCCCUUGGGCUGAGCUGGCAAAGACUGUCCAGGGCAUAGCCCUCCAGGGCAGUCCCAAGGGUCCCCAUAAGACGCAUUCCUGACUAGCUUUCUGGCAGGUGGCCAGGGAGGCAUCAAAGCUAAUGAUAGGACAUUGUCAGCACCUGCCUUUGGCCGACUCUGGACUCGAGGUUCCGAUCCCGGCUACAGACUCAAGAGAAAGCGUGGCAGCUUCUCUUGGCCUCGUGUUCUUACCCAGGAUCGACCCUACUGAUAUCACAGUUUCUGAGCACCCAGGUUCACCCUUGCAUCUGUGAUGCGGUGAAGGAGAGCCACAGGUUUGGCUCUUGCCCAAAACCUGAUGCUGCCCCAUGGCGCCCAGGCUAAAAUGACUCCCCCCACAAGUCCACUUAGAGGUAGAGAUGUCCUUCUGGCCUCAAGUCUCCAGUAGCUGGAAACCUGCCUGCUGCCCCUGUGGUGGCCAGCGGAGGGAAGGGACACCCUUCGUGGGGCAAACAGAACCCAAAUGACUGGUAGAUUCCCAUCUGUCUAUACAACUUAUCAGGGGUGCCUCCUGGGUAUUAAGAAAUUGGUGACUUAUCUUAAUAAAACGUACACAGCCAGGAUGCCUUCUAUUUCUGAGGUGCCCCUGGGACAGGGUAGGGGAACCCCACUUUUCCUCCCACUUAUUACUCUGAGGGACCCUGACUCCCCUGCUUCUGAGGGACCGAGAGGAACUAGCUAGGGUCACCAUGGGUGCCAGCCUCUGCCUCUUGCCCCCAGAGCCUCGUGUGUGCUAGGCAAGGGCCCGACCACCAAUUCACAGUCACAAGCCACAACUGGCUUUCCACACUAACGGCUCUUACCUGUUGGAGAGUAUAGGGUCCCUAGGCUGCCAGCUUACAAUGUGGGGAGCUUGGGGAAGCCCCACACCCCAAGCAUUCCCUCCUCAGUGGUUUACCUAUCCUGGGGUCACCCAGGGGACCUGGAGAGAAGAAGAAUGGGGUGCCAGGUCUGGGUAGAUCCUGUCCCAGCCCUUGGGGCUCUCCACCCAAAGGUCAUGUUCCAAGUGGCCCCGCCCUAGGGUGCUUUGUUAAGGGGUCUUUCACUUGGCCUCCCAGUAUCAGGGAGGGAAGACCCUAUAAUGGCCCUAGGGUGGCACCUGCCUGCAGGGUGCUAAGAUUGACAAUCGGAAAAUGCCCAGUACCUGUAAGCACCUUUUUGUUUUGAGAUAGGGUUUCACUCUGUAGCCCUGGCUGUCCUUGAGUUCAGAGAUCCGCCUGCCUGUCUCCCAAGUGCUGGGAUCAAAGGUGUGUGCCCACCACGCCCAGUUUGCAGGUAACUUCCUUACGCUGCAAAAUGGGGGGAGGCAUCUGUAGCACCCACGCCUGGAGUCAACUUGAUGAAUCCCAUUCUCACCAGCCAGACUUGUUCUCUGGCCUUGCCCCCCCUCCACUCCCCUGCCCCCGCUUCCUCCCUAGGCAGGAAUAGAGAGCUUUGGUCCCCUGUGGUCACAGUGCCCCUACAAGGAGUGGAGAAAAAGUGCCCGGGGAAGGUAUGGGCUGGGGACUCUAGACGUUCUGAUGGAGUUGACACCUCGGUCCCCACAGCUCCCUGGAGAACCAGUACCAAUUGAGUGAGGCACCUUGGUCGGCCACUUUGGCUUCAUUUGGCAUGGCCUCAGAUCCUGGGACCCGCCGCCAAGGAUGAGGGGGCGUGUGUCCGUCGUCCCACACAAGCCACGUGUGGCUUUCUCCCCUCACCCUGGCACCCCAAACACCCCGUACCUUUGUCUUGUCCACAGCCGAGAAAGAGCAUUGCCACUGAGUGGGGCAGGGCUUCCGUUCCCACCACACCCGUUCUGUAGAUAGGCAGCCCGGUGGAGAGACGCCCCUAGGCGUCUAGUGGCUGCUGAGGGGCCUUUCGCCACACCGCUUGCCCUUGAGUCUGCCUGACCUACCUUGAAGUGCCUAGAGAAGGAUGUGCCCCCAGUUGGGACUUCUGUCUAAAGGUUCUUCCUGGGAGUCAAGGAUGAGGGAAGUCACGGGAGCCUCCAUUUUAAAGAUGGAGUAAGGACAGGCUGCUCACAGACCGGAGACAAAGAGGGCGCACAGAAGCCAUAAGCUCUGCCUCCAUGCCUCUGGCACGGUCUGGGCGGGCCUCAGAAACAGACAAGGGAGAGACGGGGCUGGGCUCAGACCAGCUCGAGUCUGGUAGCAAGCAGUCAGGGGACACCACACCAGUGAGCUGGUGCGGUAGAGCAACCUGUCUGCCCAGGUAGAGCUGGCUAGGUCCAGGGGGGAGGCCCCAUAGCGCCACCUGGCUGCUGGCUUUCGUACUGCAGUCUGGACACAGGUUGAGGCCCCCGGGCUCAGCUCAGACCUGUGUGGUGGCUCCCAGGCUUCUGCUCACAAGUUCACAGGAAGGACUUUGGGAGCCCCUGGGGGAUGCAAAGGCCUCUCCCCACUCCAGCCCAGACACCCCAGGUGGCUGGCACUGGGGUCAGCAAUACCUACCUCCCCUGCGCUUUCCUGGCCAGAGCCCUGCGCAGGGGAGGGGUGGCUGCUUUGGAUCCCCCUGGCUGCUCUCUGCUAUGGAAUCUCUUUCCUUCAGGCACACCCACUCACCUGCCAGCAGAGUCAAGGUGGGUUUCAUUCUUGGGACCAUCUGUCACAGCAUCCUUGGCUGCCUGGGUUCGGAGCUGAGGAUCGGGGCGAGGCUGACUUCCUAGUCUAAGGCAGACACCUUGGCGGGAGUGUGGUGCAAGGCAGGGUUGAGCUCGUGGCUCUCCCGGAUGUGGAAACUGAGUGGGUGACCUCUGGCGACCAUGCUCCAGCCAGUACCAUCCCCAGGCUGUGGCACCCAAACUCGCCAGCUGCAGGGGGAGGCCGAGUGAGCUCAGCCCAAGUCAGUGUUGGGAAGUUGAAUGCAAAGGCGGCCUCCUCUCUUGAGUUAGUUAGGCAGUGGGCACCAGAGGCCCAACAUCCCACCCCUGUGCUCAGGAACUCCUCCAUUCCUCCAGCACCCAGUGGCCAAAAGAUGUCUCUCUCAUGCCCUUGCCAACCAACCCUCAAACCAGCUCUAGAGACAGGUGGUGCAGGACAGGCUAGGGGACAGCAGCCCUGGGUGGCCCAGCAGGGCUCCUCUGUGCAGAGUAUGUGCCGGUGGGUAUGGAGGGCGCCAGGCCGCAGGUUCAAGGCUGAGGCAGAGCCCGUAAGCCGUCUCAACUCUGCUGUGGGAGGGAACUCUUAUGGUUGGUUUUAAUGUCACUUUGUCACAAAUUGGAAGAGUAGAGAAGCCUGGCGUGAAGACUUUGACGUGGGAAGGCCCACCCUGAUGGUGGGCGGCACCUUUAGGCAGCAGCCAGAUACAAAGCUUUGUCAGGAGGAAGAUCCUCUCGCCCUCUGCUCCCCAGGUUGCUUUGCUCAGUGGCUCUGCCCUGCUGACUCCCAGGAAAAUGAGGGGCUUUAAGCCUUCAUCGCACAAUAGGGACAGCAGCGCUCUAGCACUUCCGGGCUCCCAGACGCCAGACCGCAACUACAGAUGAAUGUUGCCUUGUGGACUUGGUAACUAAGGGUCAGCACCCCUUACCCCAAGUGAGAGGCCAACUGUUCUGAGACAAUUCCAAAUGUUGAGGCUAAAAGACCAAAAGCUAAACUACUUAGUUCUUAACAUUGUGGGUGGGCUUGCCUGUUGCUACCUUUUUUUUUUUGUUUGGUUUUUUUGAGACAGGGUUUCUCUGUGUAGUUUUGGAGCCUGUCCUGGAUCUCGCUCUGUAGACCAGGCUGGCCUCGAACUCACAAAGAUCCGCCUAGCUCUGCCUCCCGAGUGCUGGGAUUAAAGGCGUGUACUACCACCGCCCAGCCUGUUGUUACUAUUUUAAUGCUAACUUAAGGGGCUGGAGAGAUAUCUCAGUGGUGGAGAGCACUGGCUGCUCUUCCAGAGGACCUGGGUUCCGUUGCCAGCACCCACAUUGAUGGCUCACAACCACGUGUAACUCUAGUCUGAUCUCCACAGCUACCAGGCAUGCAUGUGGCACACAGAUGUAUAUACAGAUCAAACAUCAAUGCAUAUAAAAAAAUAAUAAAAAUACUUUUUAAGAGCUUAUUCUUAAUAAAUCCUGAUACAUAUUCCUCUAGAGGUUCUCAACCUGUGGGUUGUGACCCCUUUGGGGGUUGAACAAUGCUUUGACAGGGUUGCAUAUCAGAUUAUCCUGCAUAUCAGAUAUUUACAUUAUGAUCCAUAACAGUAGCAAAAAAACAGUAUCAACGAAAAUCAUUUUAUGGUUGAGGUCACGACCACAUGAGAAACUGUAUUCAAGGGUCGCAGCAUCAGGAAGGUUGAGAACCCCUGCUCUACAGGACCUUGACUGAAACAGAUACCAAGGAGGAAGCAUCGUUCUAUACCUUUGUAUACCUUAGGGAGGUGGGUUUGGCCAUUUUGGUCAAGCCCAAAAAUACUCACUACUGACAUAAAGAGCAGGAUCAGGUAAAAUAGUCCACAGCAAGAAACAAGGGUCACCCACAGGUGUGACAGACACUCUCCCCACAGGUGUGACUGACACACCUCCUCCCUGCAGGUGUAACUGCCGGACAUUUACACUCAGAAGCAGGAACACCAAGAGGCCUCGCCACAGGCAAGGACCCUGACAUCUACUACAACAGUAAUCUUCACCAUGCAGAUGGCGCACACUGUCGCGAGGAGUGAGCAACACCAGCAUCCAUACUACGCUCCCAUUACAGGUGUGAAUGCCUGACACCACAGGUGUGAACACCCCAUACCUCAUCAUAGGCUCAACUACUCAACUCCCCUCCACGUGGUGCAAACACCCCGUAUCUUCACCACAGGUGUGAACGCUCCACGCCCUUACUCCAGGCACAAACGCCCCACAGAGUCACCAUGGUGUGAAUACCCUGCAGCUUCCCCACAGGUAGGAGCACCCCUGUACAAUGACCACCGGCUCCCCAUAGGUGUGAACACCAUCUCUAUGAUACAAGUACCUGGUGGCUUCCCCACAGCCGCGAACACUGGAUGCCCUCUGGUGGCACUCUACUUGGGGGUCAC